GCUAGAAACAGAGAGCUGACGUCUGAUGUUUUGGAAACAACCAGAUCUUUUCUGAUUGGUUAACACACAUCUUGCUGAACGCCAGUACAGUACAAGACUAAAGGACUAGGCUGCAGCGAACAUUUCCAAGAAAACAAGACACCCACGACAUCUUUAAUAUCCACCAGGAAACUCCAUUUGCUGUCUGGAUUCAAGAUAUCCUCAGAACAGUAGAUCUGAAAUCUGAGCAGCAGAUGUUCCCGUUUAUCUGAAAGGUCUUUACAAACCUGUUGAUCAACAUGAGUUCAAACAACCAGCAACGAUCUGGUGGAAACGGUAAAACCACUCUUGAGAAGCAUGGAAAUGACCCACCUGAUGUCACUUUAGAAGAAAUAGCAGAGGAUUUGCUUUCUUAUAUUGGAGGAUCUCCUCACCUAAAGAAGACAGAGAAACAGAUUGAAAGGAAAUACAGCAUUGAAAAGAAGGAUGGUGAUUACUGGUCAGCCGAUGACAUCAAGAAAGCUUGGGGGAAAACACAGAGGAUGAGAAAAACUGAUUUAAAACGAAAACGCUGGGCUCUUGCACUAUUGUUCCAGCUAAUAAAUCGAAAGGCAGUCAAAACAACGACACAGUGCGAUGAUGACAACACUGGAAAUGUAUCCCAGCCGAUUGUGGGAAACACACCUGACCAAACGAAAGCUGAAGGAGAGAGCGUAAGAGACAAAGCAUCAGCCUUAAAACUUCUAAAUUCCAAUGAAAAAGAAAACCAAGCACAGAAAGAAGAAGGCUCAACAAAACAGACUGUCUACAUACGCAUCCCAUUAUCGGACAUGGUUAGCAAUGAGUCUACCUCUGGAGGGAAAGAUGAGGAAAAAGGAAAAACAGGAAACAAACCAACAUAUAAAUUAAUUGACAGAUAUCCUAAACUUCCUCAAAUACAGAAAAAAAAAUCGUACAUUAUAUUUUACAACCCUAAAACCAGGAAUGCUAUGUGCACGUAUGAGAUAUUAAACAGAGAUACAUUAUCUAAACACAUAAACCCAUCAAAUGAAAAAAAUAAUGAAAACAAUCAAGCUAAGACAGAACUUAAAGAAAAUACUGACAGCAAGCGAGAAUCCGAUCAAAGAGACUUGAACCAAAUGACUCGAGGUCAUCUCGCUACAGCUGCCAAUCACAGGUGGUGUCGGGAAGCCUAUCAGGAUGUCAAUAUUGACAACAACAUGGCACCACAGCAUUUAGCCCUAAACAAUGGCAUCUGGAAAGCGCUUGAGAAUAACUGUCAGACUAUAUUCGAAGACGAAAAUAAUAACAUCCGCAAUGUCCAUGUGUACACUGGACCACUUUACAAUUAUAAGGAAACAAAAAAGAGCUCAGAAAAACCAAGAUUUUGGCACGACAAAGAAGUGCCGACUCACUUCUUCAAGGUGAUAAUAAAGGAGCAUGAAGAGGGGACUGUAAACAUGGAGUGCUAUAAGAUGCCUAAUACAGAUAAUCCAAAAGACACGGAUUUGAAUAAAUACGAAGUGCAAAUAAAACAAAUUGAGAACGAAUCUGGGUUGAAGUUUACAGAAAACGGCUGUCCUGAGGGAGAGAUAGACAGUACUAGAACUGUGAAAUGGGAGGGUAGAGAUGCAAAGGGAAACGAGUGUUCUGCUAAGAUAACAGUAGGAAUAAGCACACCACUUGCUGAUCAUAAUCAAUUUGCCUACAUCUGAGCAUGUACAGUUCUUUACUGCAUUACCCGUGAUUAGUGGUGGAAAGAGUACUGAGAAAUCAUACUCAAGUACCAUUACUUGCCUAAAAAUGUAGUGAGUACAGUAAAAGCAUCUGUUGUAAAUAUUACUCAG